AUGUUAUGUCGACAGAGGUUUGUUGCUGACAGCAUUCUACAAGGUUUUGACCUCAACAAACCAGCGCAAACAGAAGGUUAUGAUGGUGUUGAUCAAGAUGGGAAUGAUACAGAAAAUUUUGUUCCCGGACCACAUAGUACAACAACUGCAGGUGCUUCCAAUGUUGCUGAAGAAGAUGGUGAAGAAAUUUGUUCACAGCCUGUGGUUCCAUUUGUUGGGAUGAUUUUCGAUGACCUUGAAGUAGCAAAACAAGUAUACAAUGACUAUGCAUGGAAGCUUGGUUUCGGCACACACAUUGGAAACACCAAGUACAUCACAACACGAGAAGUGCCAAAUGACACAAUUCUGAGCAGAGUGUUUGAGUGUGUACAUACUGGUAAACCAGCAGCUGAAUGUAAGAAUACUGCUGCGAGAAGCAAAGAAGCUGCUGCAAAAGUAAAAGAAGCUUCUGUCGAUAUGAGCAACAUUGGUGAGCAAAAGUCAAGAAGCAAACAAGCUGGAUCUGAGAUGGACGUGAAUGAAUCAAAGCAGCGUUGUGCUUUGCUACCGGAUGAAACAACAGAAACAUUUAAGUGGGUAUUUGAAAGGUGGAUGCUCGCAGUGAAUCAGAUGCACCCAGAUCAUAUAAUGACAGACCAGGACCAGGCUAUGGCUACUGCAAUUGACAAGCAGUAUGAGUUGUGCCAGAAUUUGAUGUUGGAUCGUGAAGACAAUGCGGGCUUCACAAUGGAGACGACGACAACAAAGCUUUGGGGCAGUUACAGCAUUGAAGAACAUGCCUUGAAAUUUUACACAAGGGAAGUCUUCGAUAGGUUCCAAAAAAUGGUGCAGAGUUCAACAAGAUUUUACCCUAUCCAUGUAGAGGCAGAAGGCUUAUGUUUUGAUCUUGUUCCAAAUCAAGACCUUGAUGUGAAAACUUAUCGGGUUGCAGUUAACCCUGAAGAAGGAUGGUACACAUGUGGCUGCAACAUGUUUGAGAUGUGUGGUUUAAUAUGCCCACAUAUAAUUAGGGUGAUGGUGCACCUCAAUGUGCAGCAAAUACCAGGAAGAUACAUGCUUGAAAGGUGGUCUGCAGCAGCAACAACACAUGCCCCGGAACCUAGGACAAAUACAAUCAGAUUUGGUGUCCCAACAACUAACACACUCAAGUACAACUCAUUGUGCAGAAAGAUGAACCAGUUGGCAUCUGACGCAUGCUUCGAUGAUGAUACAUCUGUUGCUGUUUCCCGCAUUGUUGACGGAGCAAACAAAGUUAUUAAUACAAUGCUUAAAGCAAAAGGUCAAGUGCAGCAAGAAGGGGAAGGAUAUCAACAUAGACAGGGUGAGAACCAGAGACAGCAAAAAUCUGAAGCUCCACAGCAACAUCAACAAACAAUAGCAGUAGAUGGUACUACAAGUCAACAGGUGAAGAAUCCUCCACGUACGAAGCCAAAAGGUCGCCCAAAGAUAACAGAAAAGCGAAGGAAGACAUUGGUCGAGCUGUGGGAUGAGGCCAAUGAGAAGAGAAUGAAGAAGCAAAGUGAACCUAAAACACCAAAAGAUCCAAAACCAAAGAGGAAGUACAGGAAGAAGAUGUGCCCAUUCUGUGGUGAUGAAGAUCAUAUAUCUGUAAAGGAAUGCAAGUACAUGAAAAUUGCUUUGGCUAGAGAAGAUGCAAUGCAAGCGGGAGCAGAUUUGACGUUGUAG